AUGGCGCGCCAAAAGUGCAACAAAACAGGCAUUGAGAAGAGGAUGGAGAAAGGUGGAAGUGGAGCACUAAUUGGGCUGUUUCUGCUAAUUAGUUUCAAUGUAUCAAAUGUAAGCGCACAGAUUGGCGUCUGCUAUGGACUAAACGGCAAUAAUUUGCCUUCAAAACAGGACGUUAUUGGUCUUUACAAGCAGUAUGGCAUUGGGAGAAUGAGAAUCUAUGCUCCAGUUCCGGAAGUCCUGAAUGCCUUGCGAGGAAGCAACAUUGAACUUAUGGUAGAUGUUGCGAACGAGGACAUUCAACGGCUUGCAACAGAUUCUUCAGCAGCCGUGAAUUGGGUUCAGACCAACAUACGAGCUUAUUCGUCAGAUGUUAAUUUCAAAUACAUUGCUGUUGGAAAUGAAAUCUCCACUGCUUCCUGGAUGGCUCAAUACGUCGGCCCAGCCAUGGAAAACUUGCAAAGAGCAAUCUGGGGAGCCGGUCUAGGCGACAGGAUCAAGGUCUCUACUGCAACAUUCAUGGCUCUCAUAGACGUUUCUUAUCCUCCGUCUCAAGGUUCCUUCAGGGAUGAUGCGAAGCGAUUCAUCAGGCCCAUAAUUGAUUUCCUUGUCCGCAACAAUGCACCGUUGUUGGUUAACAUAUACCCUUACUUCAGCUACAUUGGUAGUCAAAACGUGGGGCUUGAUUAUGCGCUGUUCAACAAUGCUCCUGACAACGUCGUUUGGGAUGGUUCGCUGAGAUACCAGAACAUUUUCGAUGCAAUGGUGGAUGCUUGUUACUCUGCCCUUGAGAAAGAAGGCGGUGGCAAUGUACGCAUUGUGGUAUCAGAAACCGGCUGGCCAUCUUAUGGAAAUCCUCCUGCUGCUUCUUGGCGGAAUGCGAGACAGUAUGUUAGCAAUCUAAUUCGUCACGUCAACUCCGGGGCUGGAACUCCAAAGAGGCCUGGAAGAGCCAUAGAAACCUAUCUGUUUGCCAUGUUUGAUGAGAAUGAGAAGCAGGGAGCAGCGACUGAAAGACAUUUUGGUCUCUUUCGUGCAACUAAAGAGCCCAAGUAUCCAAUUAGUUUCAACUAA